AUGGACCGGACUAUUGCGGGGAUGGUUGCUCAGCAACUAACUGUCGUCUCAUCUUGCCUACGAACUAGCUGCAGCGAGUUUGGAUUCUGUGGGACUGCCUCUGAUUACUGUAAUGCUAGAUGCCAAAGCAAUUGCGAGGAGCACCCGGAUCCCCCACCUGCUUCGGGGAGCGGUGGAGGUGAUGUUCUCAAGAGAGUCAUUGGGUAUUAUAAGGGGUGGAAUGCAGUAUCAAAAUGCCACCAGACUUUGCCGGUCGAUUUGCCGCUGUCUGCCUUGACUCAUAUCAACUUCGCAUUUGCGUUUGUGGAGCCCGGUACCUAUGCUAUUGUACCAAUGGACGGUACUAUUGCAACAAGUCUUUUCACGGACACUACUAACCUUAAGAAAUUGAACCCUGGGCUUAAAGUGUUUAUAAGUGUGGGCGGAUGGACCUUCUCAGACAAUGGAACGGUCACGCAACCGUUGUUGGGAGAAAUAUCUGCCGAUGCCACUAAACGUGCCAAGUUUUCUUCUCAGAUUGUCCACUUCUUGUCCACCUAUGGAUUUGAUGGACUUGAUCUCGAUUGGGAGUACCCCGGAGCUCCUGACCGAGGCGGCAAAGAUGAAGAUACAGCUAAUAUGGUUCUACUCUUCGCCUCUAUUAGAAGUGCGUUCGAUAAAGCAAAAAAGGGCUAUGAACUUACAUUCACUAUUCCUGCAUCUUAUUGGUAUCUGCGGUGGUUCGACAUGCCUGGAUUGAUGAAAUAUGCUGAUUGGACAAAUCUUAUGAGUUACGAUAUUCAUGGAAUAUGGGAUCGCGAAAAUGAAAUUGGCAAUGUGGUGCAACCGCACACCAAUUUGACUGAAAUAAAGCGAGCAACAGAGCUUCUCUGGAGAGUCGGUGUUCCUCCUGAUAAGAUUGCGCUUGGCUUUGGAUUCUACGGACGAAGCUUCACGCUCAAGGAUCCCAAUUGUUCUAAGCCAGGUUGCCGAUUCAGCGGCGGCUCUCACCCAGGAGCAUGUACGGCUACCAGCGGCUACCUUGCGCCCUACGAGAUUCAAGAUAUCCUGAACAAGAAACCUUCCAUAGAAGUUCACCAUGAUGAAGAGGCAGCAGUGAAGUACUUCUCUUGGGAUACGAACCAAUGGAUUUCAUAUGACGACUCGACCACCUUCAAGCAAAAAGUCGAUUGGGCCAACAAAAUUGGCCUCUCUGGAUCGCUUAUAUGGGCCGCUGAUCUCGAUGACUAUGAAUGGUCCGCUCAUGAGGGGUUGUUUGGCAAGAAAAUCAAACCCAAUAAUGAGAUUGACAAUGUAGCUCAUCGCGACUAUGCGCUCUCGCAAUCAUCCAGCCUUGUUACAUCAGAGCUUCGGAACGACUGCUUCUUAUUUAAGCAGUGCGUAGAUCGUGACAUCGUCAAGUGUGGUGCCGGAUACUCCAUGGUUGGAUACGAUAAGAGUGGAUGCGGUAGUGUAGGCUCAAAACCCAUUUGCGAGGUCACGCUGUACGAUUCCAAAACCGGGGGCGGAUUCGAGAAUGAAUCAGGCGAGUCUUCGUGUACUCGGGGACACAAGGUGUUCUGCUGUCAGGCGCACAACUUCACUGAUUUGACAAAGGAUUGCGCCUGGACGAAGUGGGAAGUUACGUUGGCAACGGAUACGACUGGAGAUAGCGUGCGGUCUGGCUGCAACUGGGGCCGAAGAAAGGCGCUAUGUUGCACACCAAAUUUGGAUGCUAUCGCUCCCACGCCGUGCGACAACAAGAAUUGUUCUGGUGACGAGUCCAGCUGCGCCAAAGAUUCAUACGCGGACGAUUUCUCAGACGAGGACCAGUGUGAUCCUACGGACUGCUUCUUGGACAGUGUCGAUAGUGCAUCGGGCGACGUUCACAUACAAGGAGAUAAGAAGCGAUCGUUUACCAGGGAUUUCUAUGAUUUCAAUACGCUUCUCUUUCUUGCUAGAGUGGUUAUGGAACCCAGGAGAUACACAGGACCUACUGUGUUGCAUGCUCCCACACGCAGUACACCAGCAUCGACAAAUGUGUUCAGGCUAAGUGGCACCACUUGUUUCUCGACCACUAUUGAGGUUGUGGAUCGUUGGUCCCUGACCAACCAGGAGCUUGAGGACGGAUAUGAUACCGAGCACAACCCAGAUUUACAAUAUGUGGCUUCUUUAAUUUGGACUGCUGGUACAGGCAUAUUGCCGGACGGCUCAAGAGCCCAAACCUCACCAAUUGACCCUAGAGACUUGGCAAACUUGUGGAACAACCAGUUGCUGAACCCAGCCGAUACUCGCACAGGAAGCAGUCGAGGCAUUAGAACUCCCAAUGGCUAUUUAAUGGACCAGUUUGGCUCUCAGGGCAAUCGGGCGCCUUUGCUCAUUCUUGAGCGCGGUGUGAACCAAAUCAAGGGUGCUAUAUUCACCGAAGAUACUUCCCCUCGAUCUAUAACCACGAUGACAAACCUUCUUGAGACGGCGAUUGGGGGAACAGGGCACGAGGAGCUCCUGCAGCCCAUACGGGAGGCAAUCGCCGUGUUUCGGUACAUCAAUCAUCCUGAUGCUCGCCCCAGAAUCCAAGCCAAUCGUCGGGCGCUCCUAGAAACCUCGCGGUCCAUUUCCACAUCAGUACUGGGGCUUGGGCGGCUUCAUGCUCUACAUUUGGAACAUGAUGCGAACUGGUAUCGGACACGCACGAGAAGGGCCCGAACUUGGGUUGCGGAUCAGCUUGUGCGCAUUGCUGCCGCUUUCACAGCGGAGGAGAAUGCCGGACGAACUCCGACAAACUUGCAGGUUAUUCGCGCCGCUCUCAACAGCUUGUUCGAUGAUCUACAGUACAUGGAACCUCCCCCUGACGAUCCUAAUGUUCCAUAA